GAAUAAAACACGAGGAACCAGAAACCCGGAGAAUAAAACACGAGGAACAAGGAGAUUUUAUUAAAGAAAGUGAGGAGAACAAAGAACUGAGUGAAGCAGAGAAAAAAAAUCAUGUCAAAACUGGAGAAAAAUCUUUGAGUUGCUCUCAAACCAAACAGAAUGAUUUGAAGAAAAGAGGAGCCAAGAAAUCAUUCACCUGCUCUCAGUGUGGAAAGAGCUUGACAAGCAAAUAUAGUCUUCAUGUUCAUAUGAGAAUUCACACCGGAGAGAAACCAUUCACUUGUGAUAAAUGUGGGAAGAGCUUCACACAAUCGUUUAGCUUUAAGGUACACAUGAACAUCCACACUGGAGAGAAACCGCACACAUGUGAUCAGUGCGGGAAGAGUUUCACACGAAAAGAAAGCCUUAUGACACAUAUGAGAAUUCAUACUGGAGAGAAACCAUUCACAUGUAAUCAGUGUGGAAAGAGUUUUGCACACUUAGCAAACCUUAGGGUACACAUGAACAUCCACACUGGAGAGAAACCUUACAAGUGUUCACACUGUGACAAGAGAUUCAGUCAGUCAACAUCUCUGAAAAAACAUGAGAUGAUCCACACUGGAGAAAAACCAUACACAUGUGAUCAGUGCGGAAAGAAUUUUGCACGGAAAGGAAUCCUUAUGACACAUAUGAGAGUUCAUACAGGAGACAAACUGUACACAUGUGAUCAGUGUGGAAAGAGUUUAAAAUUCAAAUAUAGUCUUGUUGUUCACAUGAGAGUUCAUACUGGAGAGAAAUCGUUCACUUGUGAUCAGUGCGGGAAGAGUUUCACACAAUCAGCAAGCCUUAGGAAACACAUGAACAUUCACACUGGAGAGAAACUGUACUCAUGUGAGCAAUGUGAUAAAACAUUUUUGAGGGCUUCAGUCCUGAAGAAACACCUGAGAGUUCAUACAAAGGAGAAACCACAUUCAUGUUAUUUGUGUGGAAAAAGUUUAAGUUUUUCAAUUUUGAAAGAACAUCAGAAAAUGCAUACUGCUGUGGGAGAGUACAUGUGUUCUGAAUGUGAAAAGACUUUUACUACAGCGAGCAGUUUAAAACUUCAUGAAAGCAUCCACACUGGAGAAAAACCUCAUAAAUGUUCACACUGUGACAAGAGAUUCAGUCGGUCAACACAUCUGAAAACACAUGAGAGGAUUCACACUGGAGAGAAACCUUAUAAGUGUUCACACUGUGACAAGAGAUUCAGUCAUUCAUCAAGUCUGAAAACACAUGAGAGGAUCCACACUACAGAGAAACUAUUAUCACUCCACUGAAUGUGGGAAGUGUUUCAAUCGUUCAUCUGCUCUACACAGACAUACAAAAAACAAUCACAGUAAGGCCCCUUACACAAAGAAGCACACUUAGCUGUAUACGUGAAUAUUUUCUAUUGUAUUGGCGAUUCAUCCAGACGGAUCCAGCAUUUUGGGAGCCUGUAAACUUUAUUUUUUUUUAAACCAGGUCCCAGAGUGGAUAAAUCUGAAAACGACACCAUCUGGAUAAAUCUGUCCUAACCAGUCAUAAAAAGCGACAUGACAAAGAAACAUUAUCUAAAGUUUUCACAGUGAAUAAAGUUCAUCUUAAUCUUCAAAACCAGGGAAUUUAAACUGUGAGAUUCAAAUCAUCAAAAUGAAAAUUUUGUCAUUAAUCACUUACCCCCAUGUCCUUCCAAACCCGUAAAAGCUUUAUUCAUCUUCA